UGUAAAAGCUACAACAUGAAGAAGGCCAUGCCGUCAUUCCAUUUCUUAUUGCCAUCAGUGAAAUUAAUUAAGAUUUAACUUUUGACUUGAGUGGAUUGAUUACAAAAUUAUAAGUGAUUAAAUGAUAUUUAUUAUAGUUAAUAUCCUUGCUUCAAUAUUUCAUGACGCAAAGGAUAGCAAUCUAUGAAUGAAUAUAUAAUUCGUACAUACACACCUCUUCAGUAAGCUUACAAGAGAAAUUAUUUUCGUUAGUGAAAAUUUUAAUCUACGAACGAAAAAAGUAGGAGUAAAUUAAAAAAAUAAAAUAAGUAACAGUUAAAAUGCUAGGAAAUUUAGCGGGGUUAGAAGAUUCUAUUCAAAGUCUAAAGAGAGAAAAGACGAAGUACGUCUCUUUCUCUCUCUAAAUAUUAUGCCUUGAAUACAUACAGACAUACAUAGGUUUCUCUUCCAGGCAUCGGAGGAGGAAAAAAAAACUAAGCAACUGAUUUGGGAUAGUCGAGCUUUGAGGUUGGAGGGAGAAAUGGAUCAGAUAUUGAACAAGGUGGGCUCCUAUUGGCUGGGCCAGAAGGCUAACAAGGAGAUCAAUUCCGUCGGCGACGAUAUCAACUCUUUAUCCACCAGUAUUGAAGGAGGAGCCAAAUGGUUGGUUAAUAAGAUCAAAGGAAAAAUGCAAAAGCCAUUGCCAGAGCUGUUAAAAGAGUAUAAUCUCCCAAUAGGUAUCUUCCCUCAUAAUGCCACUAACUACGAAUUCAAUGAAGAGACGGGAAAGCUUACUGUUUUUAUUCCAACAAUAUGUGAAGUGGGAUAUAGGGACUCAUCAGUCCUGCGCUUCUUCACCACUGUGACUGGGUAUCUGGAGAAAGGAAAGCUGGCUGAUAUAGAGGGUAUGAAGACAAAAGUGAUGAUAUGGGUAAAAGUAACCUGUAUCACAUCUGAUGGAUCAAAGCUCUAUGUCGCUGCCGGGGUGAAGAAAACCAGGAAUAGAGAGGCUUACGAGGUUUCUAGGGAUGGUGUAAGUGUAGAUAAGUUCUAAACUGGUUAGAAUGCGUAUGGUGAUCCCAUCUUUGUUAUAACUUUAACUCCUUUCUCACAGCCUGUGAACCUAGGUACUUUUGUCUCCAUAAAUUUUAAGAUUCAAGUAAAAAAACUGGUUCUCUCCUA